GACGCCGCCGGCAGCAACAGCAGCAGCAACAACAGCGGGCGGGCGGGGUCUGUGGCCAGCCAUGGGGCGGAGGGAAGUGACGAGACGUGGAAUGUUCCUGAAAGUUCCAGCAAUCUGCUGGAAGUGUCGCGGGGAGGCGAGGAGAGAGCUGGCAUAAAAUGGGGAAGGAUUAUUACAAAAUACUUGGCAUUCAGAAGGGAACAGCAGAGGAUGAGAUCAAAAAGGCAUACAGGAAGCUGGCCUUGAAGUAUCACCCUGACAAAAACAAAUCUCCAGAUGCAGAGGAGAGGUUCAAGGAGAUUGCCGAGGCUUAUGAUGUACUGAGUGACCCCAAGAAACGAGAAAUUUACGACCAGUUUGGGGAAGAAGGAUUAAAGGGCGGUGGUGGUGGUGGUGGUCCCAAUGGCACCAACUUCCAGUACACCUUCCACGGAGACCCCCAUGCUGUUUUCGCCGAGUUCUUUGGUGGGAGGAACCCCUUCGACAUCUUCUUUGGUCAGAGGAAUGGCGACGAUGAAAUGGAGAUCGACGAGGAUCCUCUGAGCUCCUUCAGCGGGUUUGGCAUGCCCGGCAUGCCCGGUAUGCCUGGUAUGGGUGGCAUGCCCGGCUUCCAGCGGCCCAGGACGGCGACCAAGAAACAGGAUCCUCCGGUCACUCACGAACUGAAGGUUUCCCUGGAAGAGAUUUUCAGUGGCUGCACCAAGAAGAUGAAGAUACGCCAUAAGCGCUUGAAUCCCGACAGACAAACGAUGAGGCAGGAAGACACCAUCCUCACCAUCGACAUCAAGAAGGGUUGGAAGGAAGGGACGAAAAUCACCUUCCCCAAGCAAGGAGAUGAAACGGCCAACAAUAUUCCCGCAGACAUCAUCUUUGUUUUGAAAGACAAACCGCAUCCAAUCUUCAAGCGGAGUGGAUCUGACAUAAUCUACGUGGCAAAAAUCACCCUCCGGGAGGCAUUAUGUGGCUGCACGUUGUCGAUACCAACACUGGAAAAGAAAACUCACACGAUGGUCUUGAAGGAUGUCAUCCAACCUGGAUCACAGCGGAGAAUAUCAGGGGGAGGGAUGCCACUGCCAAAGCAGCCAGACCACCGAGGCGAUUUGGUGAUUGAGUUUCAAGUGCAUUUCCCCGAGAAUCUGUCGAUCGCAACACGGGAAAAGAUGAAGGAGCUACUGCCACUGUAACAGCUACAGGAAUCUCUGGGGAGCUGCGUGAUUGAGGGUGGGGGAAGGAACAAGAUCAUAUUGUUGCAGACUGUAACAUCCAUGUGGUGGUCUGAGUGACCACGCCAAGUUGGACCUACCAUUGAGCAAAUUGCUUCCUGGUUUUUUUCACAAAUAAAUCCUAUAUCCUGGUCUUUACAUAAUUGGGAACUGUUGGUAUACAGACCAUACCUUCGAAACACUGCGACAUGUAUUUACCUUCAUUUUACCUUCAGUGUAAAUAAUUCCUACUUACCAAAUAUACAGCACAGAAAGUAUUGGCUAACCUAUUCAAAUAUUGUUUUUUUUUCUGUAAUGUGGCUGACUACUUGUUAAUAAUAAAUAAUUUUUCUUCAUUUUCUCCUAAA